AUGGCUCAUCGUAUUCUAACUCAGAUUGUCCUCACCGGCACCAGAGUGUUUGGUCGAGCAUUUGCGGAAGCGUACAAGCAAGCGUCUGCAUCGUCUAGAUAUCAAGCACAUGCGCAGAAAACCGGAAGUUCCACGGGCGCAUUCUCGUCUUCCGGUUUGACACUGGAGGAGGCUUGCAAGAUACUCAACGUUAAGCCGCCAAUGGGUGGAGAGGCGAACCUAGAACAUACAAUGGAGCGAUUCAAGAAACUAUUUGACCUGAACGAUCCGAAGAAGGGCGGCAGUUUCUACCUCCAGAGCAAGAUACUACGCGCUCGUGAAAGAAUUGAGAUGGAGGUUAGAGAUGCAGCAAGAAAUGCGAAAAUCGAGAAAGAGGUACGGGAAGGCUGGAACCCGAAGCUGUUUAAAGACCGAUGA